CCGCGCGGCCAUGGACGAGUGCACGGACGAGGGCGGCCGGCCGCAGCGCUGCAUGCCGGAGUUCGUCAACGCCGCCUUCAACGUGACCGUGGUGGCCACCAACACGUGCGGGACUCCGCCCGAGGAGUACUGUGUGCAGACCGGGGUGACCGGGGUCACCAAGUCCUGUCACCUGUGCGACGCCGGGCAGCCCCACCUGCAGCACGGGGCAGCCUUCCUGACCGACUACAACAACCAGGCCGACACCACCUGGUGGCAAAGCCAGACCAUGCUGGCCGGGGUGCAGUACCCCAACUCCAUCAACCUCACGCUGCACCUGGGAAAAGCCUUCGACAUCACAUACGUGCGCCUCAAGUUCCACACCAGCCGGCCAGAGAGCUUCGCCAUUUACAAGCGCACGCGGGAAGAUGGGCGCUGGGCCCCUUACCAGUACUACAGCGGCUCCUGCGAGAACACCUACUCGAAGGCAAACCGCGGCUUCAUCAGGACAGGAGAGGACGAGCAGCAGGCCUUGUGCACAGAUGAAUUCAGUGACAUUUCCCCUCUCACCGGGGGCAACGUGGCCUUUUCGACCCUAGAAGGAAGACCCAGCGCCUACAACUUCGACAACAGCCCUGUGCUGCAGGAAUGGGUAACUGCCACUGACAUCAGAGUAACUCUCAAUCGCCUGAACACUUUUGGGGACGAAGUGUUUAAUGACCCCAAAGUUCUGAAGUCCUAUUAUUAUGCAAUCUCCGAUUUCGCUGUGGGUGGUAGGUGUAAAUGUAAUGGACACGCAAGCGAGUGUGUGAAGAACGAAUUUGGCAAGCUGGUGUGUAACUGCAAGCAUAAUACCUAUGGAGUAGACUGUGAAAAGUGUCUUCCUUUCUUCAAUGACCGGCCGUGGAGGAGGGCAACUGCCGAGAGCGCCCGCGAGUGCCUGCCCUGUGACUGCAAUGGCCGAUCACAGGAGUGCUACUUCGACCCUGAACUAUACCGUUCCACCGGCCACGGUGGCCACUGUACCAACUGCCAGGAUAACACCGACGGCGCCAGCUGUGAGAGGUGCCGGGAGAAUUUCUUCCGCCUUGGGAACAAGGAAGCCUGCUCUCCGUGCCACUGCAGUCCUGUUGGUUCUCUCAGCACGCAGUGCGAUAGCUAUGGCAGAUGUAGCUGUAAGCCGGGAGUCAUGGGCGACAAGUGUGACCAUUGCCAGCCUGGAUUCCAUUCUCUCACUGAGGCAGGGUGCAGGCCAUGCUCAUGUAAUCCUUCUGGCAGCAUCGACGAAUGUAAUAUUGAAACAGGAAGAUGUGUUUGCAAAGACAAUGUCGAAGGCUUCAACUGUGAGAGAUGCAAACCUGGGUUUUUUAAUCUGGAACCAUCUAACCCUAGGGGCUGUACGCCCUGUUUCUGCUUUGGCCAUUCUUCUGUCUGUACAAAUGCCGUUGGCUACAGUGUUUAUCCUAUAACCUCUACCUUCCAGACUGAUGAGGAUGGGUGGCGUGCAGAACAAAGGGAUGGCUCUGAAGCAUCACUGGAGUGGUCCUCCGAGAGGCAGGAUGUGGCCGUCAUCUCAGACAGCUACUUUCCUAGAUACUUCAUUGCUCCUGCGAAGUUCUUGGGCAAGCAGGUGUGGAGUUAUGGUCAGAACCUCUCCUUCUCCUUUCGCGUGGACAGGCGAGACACUCGCCUCUCUGCAGAAGACCUGCUGCUUGAGGGCGCCGGCCUCAGAGUGUCCGUGCCCUUGAUUGCUCAGGGCAAUUCCUAUCCGAGUGAGACCACUGUGAAGUACGUCUUCAGGCUCCACGAAGCGACAGAUUAUCCUUGGAGACCUACGCUGACCCCUUUUGAAUUUCAGAAGCUCCUUACCAAUUUGACCUCUAUCAAGAUCCGUGGGACCUAUAGCGAGAGAAGUGCCGGAUAUUUGGACGAUGUCACCCUGGCAAGUGCCCGUCCUGGGCCUGGGGUCCCUGCAACGUGGGUGGAGGCCUGCACCUGUCCCGCGGGGUACGGAGGGCAGUUCUGCGAGACGUGCCUCUCGGGCUACAGAAGAGAGACUCCGAGUCUCGGGCCAUACAGUCCGUGUGUGCCGUGCGCCUGCAACGGGCACAGCGAGACCUGUGACCCUGAGACAGGUGUUUGUAACUGCAGAGACAACACAGCCGGCCCGCAGUGCGAGCGGUGCAGUGAUGGGUACUAUGGAGACUCAUCCCUGGGCACCUCCUCCGACUGCCAACCCUGUCCAUGUCCCGGGGGCUCAAGUUGUGCCGUCGUCCCCAAGACACAGGAGGUGGUGUGCACCAACUGUCCUACGGGCACGACCGGUAAGAGAUGCGAGCUCUGUGACGACGGCUACUUCGGAGACCCUCUGGGUAGAAACGGCCCUGUGAGGCUCUGUCGCCUGUGCCAGUGCAAUGACAACAUCGACCCCAACGCAGUCGGAAAUUGCAAUCGCUUGACGGGAGAAUGCCUGAAAUGCAUCUAUAACACUGCCGGCUUCUACUGUGACCGGUGCAAAAAUGGAUUUUUUGGAAAUCCCCUGGCUCCCAAUCCGGCAGACAAGUGCAAAGCCUGUAAUUGCAAUCCCUACGGGACCAUGCAGCAGCAGAGUAACUGUAACCCCGUGACUGGGCAGUGUGAAUGUCUGCCUCACGUGACCGGCCGGGACUGUGGAUCCUGUGACCCUGGGUUCUACAACCUGCAGGGUGGGCAAGGCUGUGAGAGGUGUGACUGCCAUGCUUUGGGUUCCACCAAUGGGCAGUGUGACAUCCGCAGCGGCCAGUGUGAGUGCCAGCCUGGCAUCACCGGUCAGCACUGUGAGCGCUGCGAGGUCAACCACUUCGGGUUUGGACCUGAAGGCUGCAAACCCUGUGACUGUCACCCUGAGGGGUCUGUUUCGCUCCAGUGCAAAGACGACGGUCGCUGUGAAUGCAGAGAAGGCUUCGUGGGAAAUCGCUGUGACCGAUGUGAGGAGAACUAUUUCUACAAUCGGUCUUGGCCCGGCUGCCAAGAAUGCCCUGCGUGUUACCGGCUGGUAAAGGAUAAGGUUGCUGAACAUCGAGUGAAACUCCAAGAAUUAGAGAACCUCGUAGCAAACCUUGGAACUGGGGAUGAGGUGGUGACAGAUCAAGCCUUUGAGGAUAGACUAAAGGAAGCAGAGAGAGAGGUUAUGGACCUUCUUCGUGAGGCGCAGGAUGUCAAAGAUGUAGACCACAAUUUGAUGGAUCGCCUCCAGAGAGUGAAUAACACCUUAUCCAGCCAAAUUAGCCGCUUACAGAAUAUCCGGAACACAAUCGAAGAGACUGACAACUUGGCUGAACAAGCACGUGCCCGGGUAGAAAGCACAGAGCAGUUGAUUGAAAUCGCAUCCAGAGAACUUGAGAAGGCAAAGAUCGCCGUCGCCAACGUGUCAGUCGCUCAGCCAGAGUCUACAAGGGACCCGAACAACAUGACUCUUUUGGCAGAAGAGGCCCGAAGGCUCGCUGAACGCCAUAAACAAGAAGCCGAUGACAUUGUACGAGUGGCAAAAACAGCCAAUGACACAUCAACUGAGGCGUAUAAUCUGCUCUUGAAGACACUGGCAGGAGAAAAUCAAACAGCAUUUGAAAUUGAAGAGCUUAAUAGAAAGUAUGAACAAGCAAAGAACAUCUCACAGGAUCUGGAGAAGCAAGCUGCCCAGGUGCAUGAGGAGGCCAAAAGAGCUGGUGACAAAGCUGUGGAGAUCUAUGCCAGCGUUGCUCAGCUGACGCCUGUGGACUCGGAAGCCCUGGAGAAUGAGGCAAAUAAAAUAAAGAAGGAGGCUGAGGAUCUCGAGCACCUGAUUGACCAGAAGCUGAAGGAUUAUGAGGACCUCAGAGAGGACAUGAGAGGGAAGGAACUCGAAGUAAAGAACCUUCUGGAGAAAGGAAAGACCGAGCAGCAGACUGCCGACCAGCUCCUAGCCCGCGCCGAUGCUGCCAAGGCUCUUGCGGAAGAAGCUGCCAAAAAGGGACGAAACACCUUACAAGAGGCCAAUGACAUCCUCAACAACCUGAAAGACUUCGACAGGCGAGUGAACGAUAACAAGACCGCGGCCGAGGAGGCGCUAAAGAGGAUUCCCGCCAUCAACCGGACCAUCGCGGAAGCCAACGAGAAGACGACAGAAGCGCGGCUGGCGCUGGGCAAUGCGGCCGCGGACGCCACCGAGGCCCAGGCCAAGGCCCACGAGGCCGAGAGGAUCGCCAGCGCCGUCCAGAAGAAUGCUACCAGCACCAAGGCAGAAGCCGAAAGGACUUUUGCAGAAGUUACAGACCUGGAUAAUGAGGUGAACAAUAUGCUGAAACAACUGCAGGAAGCAGAAAAGGAGCUGAAGAAAAAACAAGACGAUGCUGACCAGGACAUGAUGAUGGCCGGGAUGGCUUCGCAGGCUGCUCAGGAAGCUGAGAUCAAUGCCAGAAAGGCCAAGAACUCUGUCACCAGCCUCCUCAGCCUGAUCAACGACCUCUUGGAGCAGCUGGGGCAGCUGGACACAGUGGACCUGAAUAAGCUAAACGAGAUCGAAGGCACCCUGAACAAAGCCAAAGAUGAAAUGAAAGUCAGUGACCUAGACAGGAAAGUGUCCGACCUGGAGAAUGAAGCCAAGAAGCAAGAGGCCGCCAUCAUGGACUACAACAGAGACAUCGAGGAGAUCAUGAAGGACAUCCGCAACCUGGAAGACAUCAGGAAGACCUUGCCGUCCGGCUGCUUCAACACCCCGUCCAUCGAAAAGCCCUAGCGUCUCCCCCCGGGGCUGGAAGGCAGCGCUCCCCGCGCGGGGAGGCGUCCGAGGCCACAGAGUGCCUUAACACAAAGAUGACGUUCUUCAGACCCCCCACUCCUCUGCUGCUCUCCACCGCUGUCCUCCUGAACCAGCAAAAGUCACAAAGUUUAAAGAGAAGCAAAUUAAACAUCGCGAAUCAGGAACAAAGGGUUUUAUCCAAUAAAGUCUCUCUUCCACUUAUGGCUCCCUCACCCACACUGUCCCUUCUGAGUUGCGUCAGGACGUGGCAUCCUACAUUACUGUACGGUGGCAUAAGCACUUCGUGGGAACCGUUGCGUGCCAGGCCUGGGCAGGUAGCCCUCCCCUUGUCCCCGACACCGGCAGAACCUCCUCAGUCUCAGCACUCUUGUUUCUAUGAAGGAAAAGUUUGGCUACUCAUAGUAGCGUUGUGAUGGCCAGUAUAUCCAGUCUAUAGAUAAAGAACAUGCAUCUACACCUCCUCCUUUUUAAGCAAAAGGGACUAAACAUCCUGUGCCAAAGGUAUUAGUCCUUUAGAAUGUCGAGAGCCAUCACCAGUUGUUCUAGCUGUUUCGGGUAGAGGACUCUGAGCCAUCCACGGGGAAGGAUGCAAUUAUUUAUGACAGUCUCCAGGAGAAUGAGACUGCAGAAGGAGGCUGAAUAUCUUCUCAUAUGUUAAUAACCGACUAGGAAGAUAAACUUUUGUUCAGAUCUUUGGGCAGCUGAUAAUUUAAAUCUGGAUGGGCAGCUUGUACUCGCCAUAGACGUCUUUUCGAUAUUCCUAUAAAUGGAAUUUAUACAGAAGAAAUAGGGAUAUGAUAACCACUAAAGUUUUCUUUUUCUCCAAAUCCAACUAACUCGUAGAGCUUUUUUAGUACGAUAGUAUGGGAACGAGUGUUGUUAUCUGGCAGAGAGCAGUUGGUCCCUAAGAUCUUGACAAACAAAAGAAAAACAAACCUUCUUUUCCCAGUCUUUUCUAGAAAAGGGAGAACACUUAGGUGCACCUCGUAUUGUUAGGAUCCCAUAUAUCCAUUUUUCUUCCAUCGGGGAGAGAGAAAACAUUUGACCCCCAGCCUUAAUUUUCUUCUGACGUUCCCAUCUUCUAGAAUCCCUCAAAACAUGUGGUUUGCCAAAUCCUGGUGGCAAAUACUCGCACUCAGUCGUUCACACAGCUGCCAGCACCGUCUAGUUCCUGCACUUUGUGAUUUGAAUCCACGCUAACCCUUCCCUCUAAGUGCAGAGGGAAGACCCGUAUGUGGUUUUCUUGCGGGCUUCUCAACUUUUGAUCCUCAGCUCUGUGAUUUUCUUUUAAGAUCACAGUGUGACAGUUCCCUGCCACAUACCCCGUUCCUCCUACCAAUCUGCCUUUGAGAUUCAUAUAUAGCCUUUAACACUAUGCAACUUUGUACUUUGUGUAGCGGGGGGGAAAGAAACUAUUAUCUGACACACUGGUGCUAUUAAUUAUUUCAAAUUUAUAUUUUUGUGUGAAUGUGUUUUUGUUUAUCAUGAUUAUAGAGUAAGGAAUUUAUGUAAAUAUACUUGGUCCCAUUUCUAGAAUGGCACUGUCUGUUCACUUCUUCACCCCAUUGUCUCUCUCCCCUGGCACGAUGUGUCCGGUACCUCCUCCCCUGCUGUCUGCGAUGCUUUGGGCCGCAUCUGUUCCCCAUCGCUGUGCUCCUGUUUGCGGCAUGCCCGUGCUCUAACAUUAAUAACCCGCUUUCCUCCACGCGCAGCCGCUGCAAAGAGGUACCUCGAACCCUCCUCCAUCACAGUAGUUCCAGGGGGUCCUAAACGACAGCCCAGCGUCACCCUUCACGCCCGCUCCCGGGCAGGUGUGCAGGGCUGACAGGACACGGUGGGAUGAGGAGGUUUUGCUCAAAGGUAUCUCUAACAUCAGUGUGGGUCUGGCCAGGAAUGAGCUAGAAAUGCCCUUUCUCUAGUGGUGUGAGCUGGAUGGGUCAGUUUUUUAAGACGUUGCGUGAUUACUGAGAGCUCGGGGCAUCAGGGACAGCGCUGCAGGUAGAGUGGGACAGGCCGUGGGACUUAGUCCUUCGCUCCCAGCCCCUCUUGCGUUCCAGAGUUGACUGCAAAUGUUCGGACUUGGACACCCCUCAGCCUUCACUCUGUCACUUCUCCCGGAGCUUUUCGCCUAUCCCAGGAGGCAUGGCUCACUCUUGCCAAGUUUUCACAUCAGUGUUUCCUAGCUAGUUCCUCUUGUUAAGUGGCCACAUCCUAACGGAGACAUUUUGGUCAAGGUUGCAGGAUGAGGACUGAAGAUAGACAGCCAAGGUCGUUUUCCGUCUGGCCCGUGGGUGAGGUUCACUCCAGUAAGUCUGAGGCCACAGUGAAAUUUUGUGAUUUUUGUUGUCGUUGUUUACUUUUUUUUUUUUUUUUUGGCUUUUCUCCAUCUGAUAUAUUUUUAAACAAAAUUUUAUUUUUAAAAUAAAAGUUCUCUAAAAGAUGACACCUUAAUCACACUCCUGCAAUAUAGCCAUUAUUUUAUGGUAUAGUUCCAGUUAUCUGUAUUUUACGUAAUAAAAUCGACAGGGUGACUGCUGCAGAAUGCUGGGUGUCACAGGGAACAUAUACAGCUGUUCCCUAGAAUUUUUCCCUCUUAAUUCCAACUUUAGCUCUUUUACAUGUGCCUUCACUUUAGGUUGUUUGCCUGAAUUUCUACAGUCUUGCUCUCCAGGGUGGCAAAUAAAAUGCAACACUUGGCAUUUUUUAUGUUAAAAAAAA